AUGCGGAGAAAAACUUCUCGAAAACACGACAACGCCACCCUCACGGUUUCCCUAAACGGUAUUUGCAAGCAAGCGGAUUUUCUUCUAUUAACCUGUGUCUUUCACAAAUUGAAGAAUUACGUCCAACUGAGACAGCAAGACACACAUCUCAAGAGAUGUGCAGUACUUCUGAAGCAUCAGGCCAUCAAAAAGAUUGUGACGGAUCACUUUGUCCGUUGGCUCGGCAACACGCAACGCCAAAUCAGCAUCCGGUCCGGACAACGUGAGCCCACAAAGAUUGUUGUACUUCCUCGAGCCCAGGACUUUAUCAAUUUGGGUCUUCGUUACCUGGCGCGAUGGCGCCUUUGGCUCCGAUACCUGCGGCAGCGACAGCACCGGAAUGUGACGCUUCUUCACGACAAGGUAACGGAGGUCAGGCACCACAAGUUCUUUUUUAAGUGGUACUGCUUUCUCUCCCAGGAGCAAAAAAAGAGCUUUUUGUUAAGGAUUCAUGAGCUAGAAUCUGAAAAGAUGCUCCGAGCCGAAUACAUCGCAGAGCUGGAAACUACACUCCAAAAACAGGAAAAAAGCAUCAAUAAUCUCACAAAAGACGCAGAAAAACUUCAGGAGCAAAAAAUAAGGCAACAAACAGAAACCAAAUGCAUCAAAGAGGCAAUGGAAAUGGCAAUAACAAAACUUGAAAAGAAAUCUACUGAGGUGCCGGGUACCAAAACACUACAUGCAGCCGAGGAGAUGGCUCGGUAUGGGGAUGACGUGCCCCUUCGAUUGCUGACUAGCUGUAUGGAUGCGGCCAACGCUCUUGAGAAGCUUCGGAAGGCACUGCCAGACGGCUUCGUGUCUUCGGACGGGAAGGAAGGCAUCGCAGACGUCAUUUGUCAGCAGACGAAGGCGCUACAGGGGUAUACCAGCAGGAUGGAAAAUGAGCUUGCUGCCCUGCGCAGCUCCGACAAGGAACUGCGGCAGCUGGUGGAGGAUCUCCGAGCACAUGACGAGCGGUGGGAGCUCAACCAUAAACGCACGGCGAGGGCCGCCAAAACUCACCAGAAGCGGCAGCUGGAGGGCAGUGACUGGGGCACCGUGCUGCGGUCCAGGCCGGUGGAGCUGCAGCGUGCGCUCAUCACCGAUGCUGCGGACGCAUGCCACGUUGAACCGGAGUGCAUCACGAACGUUGUCAUGGCGGCGGAUGGACUUCUGAGCUUUGACGUGCAGCAUGACCCCUCGGUGAGUGCAGAGGAACUCAGUGGGCGAGUCAAUGAGUACCCGUUCCGCACCGCGAGACGGGUGUACCAACGCCGUACCGCACCUAAGGAUGGCUUGGACCUGUUAGAGGAGCAACUUGCAGAAAAGGAGCAGAAGGUGGUGGAGCUUCGUGGGUUUAUGGAGAUGGCCGUCACGACUCUCGGGAAUCCGGACGCCGCGCCGCGGGUGUCUGAGGUGCGAAGUGCAGCCGAGGAGAUGGCUCGGUAUGGGGAUGACGUGCCCCUUCGAUUGCUGACUAGCUGUAUGGAUGCGGCCAACGCUCUUGAGAAGCUUCGGAAGGCACUGCCAGACGGCUUCGUGUCUUCAGGGGAAUUUGACUCUAUUGUGGAUGUUGCGUGCAAUAGAGCCGCUGAACUGAAUGAUAAGGUUGUACAGUUGUUGAAGGAAUUGCAGGAUUCCAAGAGUUUUGCAGUAUUUUUGCGUGAAGUCUUGCAGGAGGGAGCGUCAAGGAUUUUGUUGUUGGCCAAUUACACGCCUUUUUCUCACCCACCAUCUCUAUUUAAGACAUUUGACGAAAAGGUUGCUUCGCUGUCGUGGUGUGGCUCAGAAAUCAAUCUUGAUGCGUUUGAAUGCUCCCCCGAUGCAAGAGAUUCUCUGGAUGUCGUGAAGGAUCACUUGUUGCAAGAUCGUAGUCUGACAGCCAAUGGGCCCUCUACAGCGGGUGUGCUACGCUCUUUUAAUGGGGCUUUGGGGCAGAUGUAUGAGAUGCUGACGAGAUGCAAGGAAUUCUUCUUGGAGCAGGAGAAGUUGGCAGGGCAGGAGGGAGAGAAAAGAGUGUUACUGGUCAAAGCUGUGAAAGACGCCGUCGCGGCGCUACAGGGAUGGUCAGUUGCGUCCGGUGGUGUUGCCACGGAAGGGAUGGAUGAACUGCAGCUUGUGACAGAUAUGAGGCAAGAGAGCGAGGUGGCCUCCAACACACUUGCACGCUUGCGGCAGCUAUUGAGUGGGGAGGCAGUGGAGAAGAAGGUGGGCUCUGGUAGCUUGAACGAAUUGCGCGGUGGCGAGUCCCUUAUUGUGCAGUUGCCUGUUAUUGAGACGCAUGAAGAUCUCUUAAACGCCGUGUCGAAAGUGUACGACCGGCUCCAGGAGGUCGGCAAGGCGUACAAUGAUAUUUACUCUGCAUUUAUUCAAUUUGCUCAAGAACCCUCUCCGAUUAUCAACGACAUGAGUGGGAACGUCAGUUCUGUAGCACCGCCAACGAGCCUUUCUUAUGACCCGGUUAAGCGAGCCGAGUUUGCCAUCCGUGGUGUGCACAGCUACAUCGAGGGGAAAGGACGGGAAGUGAAGGAGCUUCGAGGUGUGAUGCGUCGUGGCAUUGUGGCUCUUGGCGGUGCCGGGGAAUCCGAUACUGACGACGAUCUCAUGGACCAGCGGAGGAGUGCGGCGAAGAGUACGGCGGUGGGAGAGAAGCUCGCAGUGCUCUGCCGUGAAACCGGCGACGCCAUCGAGGACACCAGAAAGGCACUUGGGAUACCGAAUGAAGGCAAGUUAAGGCUACCGGCAGUGAUCUCCAACCUAGAGGGAAAAAUGCAGGAGCUGGAUCUUGUCACGAUGGAGUCUGCAUUGCUGGUGAGGGAGGUAAGAAGCACCCCUACCGAUACACAAGAAAGCUCUUCAAACCUAUCGCGAAAUCUGAGACCCAAACGGAAGCCAGCAGCACUGGUGGUAGAUGAUUUGAAAUCGGGUUGGACGAACGGGGUGAGGCCUCUCCAUCCAAGUCUCUCUUCCGCUGAGGCAGGAACACCCAAUUUGAAACCCGAUGAGCUCCUUCGGCAGAUGCGAAUUGAACUACAGGAUAAGAAUGCUGAAAUACGGGAGAUUUUCGGGGCUUGUCGCACAGUCGUCAGUCUUCUCGAUGGCUCUUACAAGGCGAAUGCUCAACCGCCGCAGUGUGGGGGUGCACUUGUGCCGCUCCUCACCACACAAGCUGAGGAAUUGGAACGGGCACUGCGGCUUGCAGAGGAAGUUCUUUCUUCCUUUGAGGUGCAGGGUAACAGUGGCGUCGGCAACUACCUCACGCUGCUUGCGUCGCAGUUAGCAUCGCUACGCAUCGAGAAGGAAAAACUACAAGAUGAAAUGAACAAACACAAAACGGAAAACACACAGCUGGUGACUGAAUUUAAUGAGGAAAUUAGUUGCCUUAAGAAGCAAAACGAAAUCCUGCUCAAAAGACUGAAGUCCCUGCAGGAAAAACUGGGGGCACUUAAAAAAUUACGGCAGCUUCGAGCAAAAAAGAUGAUGGAGAUAUUACGCUUGAGAACAGUAAAAGAACACCUCGGUAGAAGUGUAAUAUUGUGGUUAGGAAAAGUCGUUGCCACGUGCACUGCAGAAGCACGCGGCGCCGCUAAUGAGCAGAAAAGGCUUUCUAUUGCCAUUGUCCAGAAGCAGCAUCAGCAGAACCAACUUGCAAAAUUACUCGCAAUUGCCCUUCACUCGCUGCCAGGGGAAAAACCAACAAACGCCGAUGUGUUGGACACAGAGAAUGCAUUGAUGCAGUGCGCACUGGAAGACGAAGGUGCCGCUCUUGAGGCUUUUGCGCGGAAGCGACUCGAUGCGGCCAAAGUGUGGAUGCAGUCAUUUUUAAGAGCCCUUUCCAGUGUGGUGUCGCUUCGGGCGGAUACCGUAGCUCUCCGCCAAUCGAUAGCAAAUUGCUGGCGUGGGAGAUUGGAGGAGGCGUACGGCCAGGUAUUGAACGCAGCCUUUAAGGAGAUUGCGGAUUUUGACAAACAGAAAAAAAUGGAGUGUGAAUUCCUGCGGAAUCGUGCGCGGGACCGGGAGGAGAUUGCGCGUGAAAACAGGAGUCUUUCCUGUGAGAUUGCUGGUAUGAAGGAACAGUUGGGUCUGGCGCAAGAUUACAUGGAGUUGCAGGACGAAAAAAUUAUCAAAUUACAACGGGAGAACAGGGACCUCCGGAUUAGCUGUGUGUUACGCCGGGAGGAGAAGGAGAGCAACACUUCCACCGAUGUCACCCCCUCAAAAAGUCUCCGUGGCGGUUCCGGGGCGGAGCGCAUAAUGAUUGCGCGGGCAAAAAAACUGGCGCUAGAAGCGAUCAACGCCAUGGCGGGGAAAAACGUGGCGGCGUGCAUUGGGGAAGUGGCUGAGCUCACGCUGGAGAUGUACCGUCGCACCUCAGCCGCUCUUGAGGACAUCUGCAACGCCCAGAAUGCGCCGCUUGGUCCACUUUCUGCAGUGGUAGAGGCACGGCUGCAGGAGCUACAAAAUAUGCGUGGUGUUCAGAAUAAUAUUUUGGCGCGCCUUCCCGAGUUAUUUCGGGUACCAUAUGUCAAUUGA